AUGGCCCCACUCAAGAUCGUGCUAGAUGGCACAUCGUCCAUCACCCGCCAGCCGGAACGAGCUGCCCUCAGGUUCAUCGUCAAGGCGAAUGGGAAAACCCGAGAAAGCGUGUCCAAGGAAGUGACUGAGACAUCUAAUGAGAUAAACAGACUUUUCAAAGAUCUGGCCCCGAAAACGGAGACCGGCGAAACAAUCCAAGGCUCACCAGUGACCUCUUUCUCCUCCACCUCGCUACGAACAUGGUCUGAAGUACCGAGCGAUAAGUCGGGCAAGCCUCUUCCUACAAAGUACCACGCAACUCUGUCGCUCAAUGCACUGUUCCAGGACUUCACCAAGCUUAGCGAAGUGGUUGGAAAGUUGUUUUCUUACCCCAACAUCGAGAUCCAGUUCCUCGAUUGGUGUCUCACGGAGGCGACGCAAAACGCUCUGAGUUCCGAAUCCCGUGAGGAGGCAAUGCGCGACGCCGUCCGGAAAGCAAACGACUACGCUAGGGUCAUUGGACGAGAAGUCGUUGCGGUGGAAAUCAGGGAGCCGGCAGGUGGACUACAGUUCGGAAUGAACGGUGGGCGAUAUAAUCCAUAUAUGCAGGGCCAGAUGACGCAGCAAAUGGCGCACCAAUACCAACAAAAGAUGGCUCGGUCGACCAUACCUCCAGCGGUUGGCUCUUCCCCUGCUCCCAACUUGAACUUAGAUUCAGGCGCUCCGGCACUUGAUUUGAGUCCGCAGUUGAUUCGGUAUACGAAUUAUGUGGAAGUUGAAUUCCAGGCUGCAUAUAAUUGA